GGCCAAUACAAAAUGAGAAUCUAUGAAAGAGGAGACUUCCAAGGGCAGAUGAUGGAGUUCUUUGAUGACUGCCCCAAUACUUAUGAUCGAUUCCGUUUCCAGGACAUUCACUCCUGCAAUGUGUCUGAUGGCCACUGGAUGUUCUAUGAGGAACCCAACUAUAGGGGACGCCAGUAUUACCUGAGAUCUGGAGAAUACAGGAGAUAUAAUGACUGGGGAGCCUCAAGCGCCAGAAUUGGCUCAUUCAGAAGAGUUCAUCACAAAUUUUAAAUCCAGUCAA